UUGCCAUUGGCUGUCGCUAGUUAACGAUACCGAAAACUGUCGAUAGCAAGUUACUGAAUCCCGCUACAGAGGCCUGAGAGACUUCUUCUUUUUCUCUUCUUCUUUCUUUAAGGGUCGACAGGAGUGACGGGACUUCCGGUGCGCGAGCUAUUCUGUGAUAUACGUAUUAUUCGUCAAUCCGUGAAUUUUCAAAGAUUAUUUCCUUUGAAUUAAGUUGUGAAUUUUGUUACUAAUUAUAGUAAGUGUAAACUCAUUAGUGGUGAUCGGGAAAGUAUAAUCUUCCCGCUUUUAGCGGACGUUCCGCUUAUUUAGCGACACUUUUAUUGUGUCCUUUGUGCUUCGACCAGUUGGUCGGCCAUAUUGCCAUAUCAAAAGUCUUUCUCUGGAAAGAAUUUUCAUAUAUUCCAUACUUUUGGAUCCUUGUGACACCUAGAUUUGACUGAUUGAUAGUCAAAAUGGAAUACGAGCCUGAAGAUCCUAUCAACUCCCCUCUUCCUGACAACAACCAUUCACUACCGAUUAAUAUUGAGCCAGUCAAACCUGUUGAAUCAGUAGAAUCUCAAAUUCGUAGUAUAAUUCGGGCAAAAAGGCCAAUGUCUUCUGACUCUUCUCACGAGUCCUUGCCAAAAGCGAUUAAAAGGCUCUCCAUUGAAAAGAUGGACCCCCGCACAAACAAUAAAUAUACGCUUGAUUCUAAGGCGCCUUAUAUAGUAUAUAUUGAAAAAAUCGCCUCUUCUCUCUCUUCGUCCAUUCCGUCUUCCGAGGUGCAGAGCUCAGCCGGGGAACAGUUUGAUCCAAACUCUAACUCGGCCAACUCCAGCAAAAGCACAUCUGAAAAAACAUCCGACACUAUGGACAUCAACAAUGCGGAUGAUCAUAUAGACAAAGCUAAUAGGAAGGGAAAAAAAUCCCCCUCAGAACUGCUACUCCUCCUCCUAGUAUUAUAUACAUGGGAAAAAGGAUUACUCUUGAACCAUUUAUACAAAGAGUUGUGCGCUGUCACAGAUGUCAGAGAUACGGACACAAUAUAAAAAUUUGUCGCACUCCUGACACUAAUGCUAUUUGCCAUAGAUGUGGUUUGCUUUCUUCUUCACACAAUGGAGAUACUUGCGAUAAAGUCUCUCCGUGUUGCAUAUUUGCAAGAGGCAUAAGCUUCUCGACACUGAACACGAAGCUUCGGACAAUAAGUGUCCAGUCUUUACAAAUCAAAGAGAGACUAAAAAACUCAUGGCCUAUAAUAACAUCACUCAAAAAGAGGCUACCGCUCUCAUGCAGGGUAUUGAUCCGGAUCCGGGCCCUGGUGUGGAUCAGGGUUGGACUCGUCCACCUCACGGGGUACCCCUCCCUUCCUUAUUGGAAUUCAUUCCGUCCAACAAAGCUAAUCAUCCUCCUUUAACUAAUUACAACACUUAUUCUUCUGCUUCAUGUUAUCCCUCCUUCUCCUCAGUUACAAAAAA